UCCCAAAAAAGUGUCCCUCCCACCUCCCUCUUCACACUCGCCCCCUACCUCACUCUCAGAUCCCCCGAUCUCUCUCUCUCUCUCUAUCGAUCGACCUCGCCGAAGCUCGGCAAUGGCGUACGAGGGCAUUCUCUUGGGGAUGGGGAACCCCCUCCUUGACAUCUCCGCCGUCGUCGACGAGGAGUUCCUCAACAAAUAUGAUCUCAAGCCGAACAACGCAAUUCUAGCGGAGGAGAAGCAUUUGCCAAUGUAUGAUGAAUUAGCCACGAAGUAUAGUGUUGAAUACAUCGCAGGGGGAGCCACUCAAAAUUCAAUCAGAGUUGCUCAGUGGAUGCUUCAAAUUCCCGGUGCUACGAGUUAUAUCGGCUGCAUUGGAAAAGACAAGUUUGGAGAGGAGAUGAAAAAAAACUCUAAAGCUGCAGGUGUCAAUGUUCACUAUUAUGAAGAUGAGAAUGCUCCAACUGGUACAUGCGCUGUCUGUGUUGUUGAUGGUGAAAGGUCUCUCGUGGCGAACUUGUCUGCAGCAAACUGCUAUAAAUCUGACCAUUUGAAGAGACCAGAGAACUGGGCACUCGUUGAGAAGGCAAAGUAUAUUUAUAUUGCCGGCUUUUUCUUAACUGUUUCGCCGGAUUCUAUUCAACUGGUAGCUGAGCAUGCUGCUGCAAAUUACAAGGUAUUUAUGAUGAAUCUUUCUGCUCCUUUUAUCUGCGAGUUCUUUCGUGAUGCCCAGGAGAAAGUUCUACCCUAUGUAGACUAUCUUUUUGGGAAUGAAACGGAGGCGAGGACCUUUGCGAAAGUCCGUGGGUGGGAGACUGAGAAUGUUGAGGAGAUUGCUCUUAAGAUAUCAGCCUUGCCUAAGGCAUCAGGAACACACAAGAGGAUUACUGUGAUCACCCAAGGAAGUGAUCCAGUAGUUGUUGCUGAUGGUGGGAAGGUUAAAACAUUCCCUGUGGCCCUUUUGCCCAAGGAGAAGCUGGUUGAUACUAACGGCGCAGGUGAUGCAUUUGUUGGAGGAUUCCUUUCUCAACUGGUUCAGGAGAAGAGCAUAGCUGACUGCGUCCGUGCUGGUAAUUACGCGGCAAAUGUCAUAAUCCAACGAUCCGGUUGCACGUACCCGGAGAAACCCGAUUUUAACUAAAUCAUUUAAACAGUACUUAGAGGGGGAUAAAUCUGAGGCAACUUAUCCAUGGUAGUUUUUCUGAGUCUUUUCCCACUGGAACCGUUAUACUUCUUUUCCAUAAAGCCAUAUAAAUGGCUCCAUCCUCUUUAUCUUUGGCUGUCACCAUUUUUCUCCUAAAGCGAAUGUUUCUCAAAUUGUAGGGUAAUUACGCCGCUGUAUUCUUAUCUCUGUACCAAAUUGGAUUUUCAUAUUUAUUUGCUUGCCCUU